AUGAUGGACAACAAUGGCAACUUGGCCUGGGACUUCGACAACUGGCACCGAGAGGAAACGUACAAGGUUCUCGCAUGCAUUGUCUACGAGAAGGCGAAGGAGCAGUUAAGGUCUCCUCAGCCGAGAGAGAGGGGUUGGAUGGAUACAGUCCGUAUCACCAAGGACAGGAACGAUGUCAAGGUCAAGGAGCAUUUAGCUGCGUUCGCGAAGGAGUUGGAAGAAUCGAAGGAAUUGGAGCAAUUGAAGGAAUCGGAAGAAUCGGUGGAAUCGGAGGACGUCGAUGAAGUUGAGGAACUAGAAACAGUUGAGGACUUUGGGAAAAUGGGGAAGUCGGAAGAGCCGGAAGUGGUGGUUGAGGCAUAA